AUACUUCAAUGUUCUCCCUUUUCUUUGUUUCUUACAGCUAAAAAGUGUCGCAGAUAUCGGCCAGGCACAAAGGCAUUAAUGGAAAUAAGAAGGUUUCAGAAAACUACUAAUCUGUUAUUACGAAAAUUACCAUUUGCACGUGUGGUCCGUGAAGUCGCUCAGACGGUAUCAGGUGGAUGGAACCUUCAUUGGCAAUCACCAGCAAUUAUGGCAUUACAAGAGGCUUCUGAGGCAUAUCUGGUAUCUUUAUUUGAAGACUGUAACUUGAUAGCAAUACAUAGUGGGAGAGUCACCAUCAUGCAGAAAGACAUGCAAUUGGCAAGGCGAUUACGGGGACAAAGAUUAUGAAUCCAUCCUGGCACAAAUCGAAGCUGAACAUCCUUGUUGUUGCUAGCUUUGUGCUAGCUUGUUUAUAGCAUAUUUUUGUAUUUAUUCAUUUACAUUUUAUUCACUGCCUUAUCAUGUCUGGACCUGUAAUUUUCUUCAGGAUUAAUUUUUCAGUGUUUUGAAUUUUCAAUAUAUUUAGUGUUUAAAAGAGGUUAAUAAGACCCCUUUACAUGAGUCUGACACCCUUACAGCUCCUGUGUAUAGUGUAUUUCAGGUGGAUGAGGCUCCCAAGGAAAGACCUGUUUUGGCUGUAUUGCACAGGCCUAGAUAGGGAACCACAACUAAAAAAACAACUGUUUUUUGUUUCAUUGUAAUUUAACUGAUUGGUUUGUUCAGUUAUUUGAUGUUAUAGGUUUGUUAAAAUAGUUACUCAUUGCAAGUUAAUGUUAUAUCUAAACAUAAAUACAUUGCCUUCAGUAGAAGAAAAAAUCACUUUAUAAAGCACUACACAUUUGUAACCAGGCAGUAAUAUGGUUCACAUAUAAAUAUGAAAAUUUUUGAGAAUAUUAAUCUGCAGUGGAAAACUAUUUUAAUAAACUUAUCAUAACUGAACAAACUGAUAUGUUUGAAAAGAAAUGCAGUGACUUUUUACAAUCAACAGAGUGCAAAGUAACUCAAUCUGAGUUCACCUAAAAAGCCUUACUCAAACUGUGAGGGCGCCAGACUAUGAUUUGCUGUUUUUGUAAAUUUGUUCUUUUUUAAAAUCCAUGCGAUAUGAGCCAUACUGAUCUUUGUAGUACCAAAUGACAUGGGGUAAAAUGUUAGGAUGUUUGUCCUAAUCAUAUGCAAAUGUUGAUCAAAGCAAAUGCUUGGAAAGAUAAUACAAGUUUACAAUAUGUGCCAGGGACCAUUGAGCCAUUCAAAGGGUUCUUAUGGGGAAAACCAUGCAAGAAACUUUUUUCUUGUUUACAUGUAAAAGUAGCAUUGAUUUUUUUUAAACUGUUCAUGUUAUAAAAACUGUAUUUUUUCAACACAAACUUUUAUAUAUAAUAAAAAUUUAUU